AAGAGAUUGUACUUACAGGCCGCCGUAGUUAGGUCAACAGGGAAACAUGGCCGCCACCCUGGCGAAGAGGUUGCCCUCGCUGCUCAGGCCGCUCUCUGCGGCUCUGCGUGCGGGGACGCCGCAGCUCCGUCAGCUCUCCUGCCUCCUCCAGCCUUCUCCUCCUCCUCUCUGGAGCUCCGCCGCAGCCGCUGUCCGCGCUCCUCUGCGGGCUGCAGUGUGUCAGACACCGCGAUGCAGCAUCCUACAACGGGUGUCGGCUCUCGUUCCCUGUCUGACUCCACAGUCGUGCAGAAGUCUGACGUACUACAGCCUGAGGAAGGGGAAAAGGAAAUCCAUAAAAUCGGUCACGCAGAGGUUCAUGAGGCUGCACUGUGGACUUUGGAUCAGACGCAAAGCUGGGUACAAGAAGAAGCUGUGGAAGAAGAAACCUGCCAGGAAAAAGCGCCUGAGGGAGAUUGUGUUCUGUAACAAAACACAGAGCAAGCUCUUGGAUAAAAUGACAACCUCUUAUUGGAAGAGGAGAAACUGGUAUCUCAACGAUCCGUACCUGAAGUACCACGACCGGGUCAACCUCAAAGUCUAAUUUAAAAGAACAGGCGUCUUGUUUUGUUAGAAUAUAAUGUAUUGCUGUAACACACACAAUAAAGUCAAAUGUCUCUGA